CUUUAAAUUUGCGACGUGCCGUAAAGUGACGCGGUGUGGUUGUUGAGUUGAACAGUCACAUGUAGAGAUGAAUAUAUGAAAAGAAAGCAUCGCAAACUAUCUAGCCACUUACCUACACAAUCGAGGAUAUCUGCAUUUUAUUUGAAAUCCGUUAAGAAAAUGCUACCGUGAAAAAAGGAACAAUAUGUCAGGUUGAGAUUAGUGGCGAUAAAGUGACAGUUCUGAUGACGUUAAUAGCACAUUGAGAUUAUGUCUAAACGUUUUUCCUAUUAGGGAUGGCAACUAGUCAUCAGUUAACUCGACUGUGGACCUAGAACCCCUCUGGUUGUCCUCAGUGUCUUAGUGUGUAACUUAGUGAAGUGAUCGCUUAGUUUGUGUAACUCAGUGAUCACCAUGUUCGUGUUGGUGGAGAUGGUCGACACCGUCCGCAUUCCUCCCUGGAACUUCCAGAAGAAACUGAACGACGCGAUCACUGAAGAACUGAACAAGAAGCUGGCGAACAAGGUUGUGUAUAAGGUGGGCCUGUGCGUCUGUCUGUACGACAUCACCAAACUGGACGACUCGUACAUCUUCCCCGGCGACGGGGCGUCCCACACUAAAGUGGACUUCAGGUACGUCGUGUUCCAUCCUUUCCUGGACGAGAUCCUGGUGGGGAAGAUCAAGUACUGCAGCCAGGAGGGGGUCUACGUGACCAUGGGCUUCUUCGACGACAUCCUCAUCCUUCCAGAGUCGCUGCAGCAGCCCGCCAAGUUUGACGAGACGGAGCAGGUGUGGCUCUGGGAGUACGAGACGGACGAGGGCGCCCACGACCUCUACAUGGACCAGGGCGAGGAGAUCCGCUUCCGGGUCACCGACGAGGUCUUCCUCGACACCUCGCCGUCAGGCCCCGCCCCCGCCACCGUGGACACGCCCACGCUGCCUGGCCAGCCCAAACCGCCCACGCCCGAGGAGAGCGGGCAGAAGAAGGAGCCGCCGUACACGCUGAUAGGAACCAUCUGUGAGCCGGGGCUGGGACUCUUGUCGUGGUGGAACAACUAGAACUCUCAUUAGACGUGACGAGAUCCCUGGGCCCUGUGGAGGACCGGAGGAGCGCUAUUGGCCGAGCCGACCGGUUGACCUCGCGGUGGAUGUGCAGGGGGGGGCUGGCCCAGAGCCAGACGCAGCGUCCAAUCAACCGGCUCUGGGUCGAUGGACAGGAGCCAAUGAGCACCUCUCAUCAAGGUCAUGGUGGAGGGCAAAGGAAGAGACGUGAACAGUGUGCUGCGGUCCGUUCGGAGACAGGAACACCACAGAGACCUGAUGAACACAACGCUGAAGGAUAUUAAGGUUAUUAAGGAGGCUGCUUAAGGUGGACCGGCCUUAAUGCUGACACAACUCAAAUAAAUCCCAUCAUCUCAAACUACA